CAGACGGCACUCGCCACCCCCCCUUCGUCCCACCUACUCGCCAACCUUCCUCCAUCUCGCCCCUGAGCGCGCGCACUCCUUUCCUGUUCUCCGAGUCACCGAAAAGCAGUGAAGAAGUGAAAAAGGCUUAAAAAAGAAAAGAAAAGAAAAGAAAAGGAAAAAAGGACGACCAACAGCAAGCGUCGAAUCUGGCCGGACGUCCUGGGACGGUUCUCCGAAAGCGAGCGUGUCGGCCAACUCCCAGCAGAGUUCGCUUGACUUUGUGGGAAAGCUGGGCAGCCGCUACCAGCCCUACUUUCCCCGCGGAAGUGGACUCCAGCCCACCCCCCCCGCUCCCAAGUCCUCGCUUGUGGCCCCGUCCGGGCAUGUUGGCCCUUUGCCUGCUGAGCGCCGCGUGGCUCACGGCGUUGCCGAGCCCGAGCCGCGCUCAGAACGAGACAGAACCGAUCGUCCUGGAGGGGAAGUGCCUGGUGGUGUGCGACUCCAACCCGACGUCGGACCCCACGGGCACGGCGCUGGGCAUCUCGGUGCGCUCGGGCAGUGCCAAAGUGGCCUUCUCGGCCGUGCGGAACACCAACCACGAGCCUUCGGAAAUGAGCAACCGGACCAUGGUCAUCUACUUUGAUCGGGUUCUCGUAAACGUCGGGAGGAAUUUUGACGAGGAGAGAAGUAAUUUCAUUGCGCCGCGAAAAGGGAUUUACAGUUUUAACUUCCACGUCGUGAAAGUCUACAACCGCCAAACAAUACAGGUUAGCCUCAUGCACAACGGCUGGCCCGUCAUCUCGGCCUUUGCUGGUGACCAGGAUGUGACCCGCGAGGCGGCUAGCAACGGCGUUCUGAUCCAGAUGGAGAAGGGGGACCGGGCCUACCUCAAACUGGAGAGAGGAAAUUUGAUGGGAGGCUGGAAAUAUUCCACCUUCUCUGGUUUUCUGGUGUUCCCCAUGUAGAGGAGC